AGAUGCCCGCGGUCGCCGUGCUGGCGGCUGCAGCCGCGUGGUGCUUCCUCCAAGUGGAAAGCCGGCACCUGGACGCGCUCGCCCGAGGCGCGGGCCCCAACCACGGCAAUUUCCUAGACAACGACCAGUGGCUGAGCACCGUGUCCCAGUACGACCGCGACAAGUACUGGAACCGCUUCCGAGACGAGGUGGAGGAUGAUUACUUUAGAAGCUGGAAUCCCAACAAGCCCUUUGACCAAGCCCUGGACCCAUCCAAGGACCCCUGCCUGAAGGUGAAGUGCAGUCCUCACAAAGUGUGUGUCACCCAGGACUACCAGACUGCCCUGUGUGUCAGCCGCAAGCACCUGCUCCCCAGGCAAAAGAAGGGAAAUGUGGCCCACAAACACUGGGCCGGACCCGCCAAUCUGGUCAAAUGCAAGCCCUGUCCCCUGGUGCAGCCGGCCAUGGUCUGUGGCUCUGAUGGACACUCCUAUACUUCCAAGUGCAAGUUGGAGUUCCACGCUUGUUCCACCGGCAAAAGCCUCACCACCCUCUGCGAUGGACCCUGUCCGUGUCUCCCCGAGCCUGAGCCUCCCAAACAGAAGGCAGAAAAGAAUGGGUGUGGGGACUCCGAGCUCAGACACCUCGCUUCCCGCCUGAAAGACUGGUUUGGAGCCCUUCACGAGGAUGCCAACAGGGUGAUCCAACCCACCAGCUCCGACACGGCGCAAGGCAGGUUCGACACCAGCAUCCUGCCCAUCUGCAAGGACUCCUUGGGCUGGAUGUUCAACAAACUGGACAUGAACUAUGACCUGCUGCUCGACCACUCGGAGAUCAACGCCAUCUACCUGGACAAGUAUGAGCCCUGUAUCAAGCCCCUCUUCAACUCCUGUGACUCCUUCAAGGACGGCAAGCUCUCCAACAACGAGUGGUGCUACUGCUUCCAGAAGCCUGGAGGUCUCCCUUGCCAGAAUGAGAUGAACAGAAUUCAGAAGCUGAGCAAGGGGAAAAGCCUGUUGGGGGCUUUCAUUCCGCGCUGCAACGAGGAGGGCUACUACAAGGCAACGCAGUGCCACGGCAGCACUGGCCAGUGCUGGUGUGUGGACAAAUACGGGAACGAGCUGGCUGGCUCCCGGAAGCAGGGCGCGGUGAGCUGCGAGGAAGAGCAGGAGACGUCGGGGGACUUCGGCAGCGGCGGCUCGGUGGUCCUCCUGGAUGACCUGGAGGACGAGCGGGAGCUGGGGCCCCACGACAAAGAGGGCAAGCUGAGGGUCCACAGCCGGGCCGUGGCGGAGGACGACGAGGACGAGGACGACGACAAAGAGGAGGAGAUGGGCUCCAUCUGGUAGGGCCCCCUCGAGGAAGGGGGCACGGGUGUGGCCUACCACUGCCUGUCACUCCUGUUCCUGCAUUUGUAUCUAAAGACUGCAAGGCGCUGCCGCCGAGGCCGCUUCCCCACCGUCGCUCCCGAUGCCCGACCCGAGGACUGCAGACAGCCGCCCGCUGCCACUUCGACCGUGCAUACGGUUGUGUGGGCCAAAGGGUGUUGUGUUCGUCGUGUGUGCGGACAGGGGACGGGCUGGCCUCGCCACAGCCUCCUCUCCUCCCGUGACCGUCCUGCGCCCAGCAUGUGAUUCCCGUGGCCUCGUGACAGUGCAGGGCGCCCGGGCUCCUGGCGGGGCGGGCACAGCAUGGUUCCCAGCCUUACUGCGUCCCGUGCUCUUCGUGUGUCCUGUAGCUGUUGUGGAAAACGCACCGCACUGUACCCCCCACUACUGACUGCCCUGGGUGUUUAUUAUUUCCAAAUUCAUUUCUCGCAUCACUAUCUGGCUUCCUACCAACCACAGCCUUAACUCAGCCGAGUCCCCUGGGUGGGGGCGGGGAAGGAGUCCACGUUCUUUAUUAAAAAUUGGUGUCUGGAUGUUUCUUGCUGCACAAGCUUAAAUUGUAUGCAGAUAUGCAACAGGCUCCGUGUGUGUGUGCACACGUGCGCACGCCCUGCUCACACCUCUCACAGGCAGUGUUGGGCUAUCUUAUUAAAAACU